ACCUUUUAGCCCCUAUUCCUUGAAGGCUAACACUUUUUGUUGCUUUUAAAGCAAAAUCUUAAAACAAUUUUCAAAAAAACACUGCUGGGCCCAACAAGAAAAAAACUGAAAGAAUUCUGCUUAAAAAAUGUAAAUCCUAAACAUCUUGAAAAUUCCUUAAAAACACACACCCACACAAAACAAACGACGCGAGAAAACUACCGCCCACAAAAUGUCAUCUAACGCGGAAGUGUUGAUGAUGCCACCCCCCAAAGAGGAAACAAAAACAGAAACUAAGUCUCCGAAUAGCGAACUAUCGCUAUUCGAUCAACUCAAGAACAGUGUCGAUCAUAAUUGUGUCAAUAAAACGCCGCUGCAUAAUCUCACAAUCACGCGUAACACCGAAGAGUCGAAAGUCGAAGAGAAUUGCGCCAACAAAAUAUUGGCCCCACCGCCGCCAUCACCCACAAAACCAAAGCCUGAAUUUCAAACACCCGCAAUAUUUGCCUCACCCAAUUCCAUAAAAACGGAUGGCAAACGUGCCGCCAGUGGGAAAUAUUCACUAAAAUCCAAUACCACAACACCUACGUCCAAGGAUUUAACCACAACCUUAAGAUCUCUUAAAAGAUCUCAGCCACCACCACCGCCGCCACCAACACCAUUAUCUUUACUAGCCACUCAACAGCAGCAGCAACAACAAAAGACUGGUUCAUCAUUAGCCGUAGCUGGUGGCUUGGUGGCAUCUCCAUCACCCUCAUCAGCGACAGCAUCAUCACCUGCCUCAACAGCUGUUGCAAGGCACUCAUCCGGAUUAGUAGCUGCCUCGGGUGCAACUGAUUUAACAUUACCGCAUCACAACAACAACGGCAGCAGCAACAACAACAACACUAAUGCCAAAAAGAAACGCUGCACCGACCGUUAUGAUUCCUCGGAAUCUUCUGACAGUGGUGUCGCCACCUCCAGCUGCACCGAUUCAAGUACUGGCUGCUCAAGUGAAGAUGCCUCCGAGCCAGGAUCUCCAUACAGCCAUCAUUCGAGUAUAAGUGACGACCAACAGCAGCAGCAACAACAACAGAAGCAAUCAUCUAAUACACAAAAUACCAACAAAAUGUCACCCCAAACAACAAAUACUGGUGGUACAACAGCGUCGUCUUCCGGCGGUGGUGUUGUGCCAGCGCCUUCAACAACAUCUGCAACUUUAAAUGCUGCCAUUAGAACAAGUAAUCUGCCCGCCUCUCUUACCAUUACUCCCACAAACGGCAGUGGUAACGGCAACAGGGCAAAAACUUCCGUAACUCAAAUAUCGAAAGUUUCAAACACUGCCAAUACAAAUCGAUGUUCGAAUUUGCCCACAUUACAAUGGCCAUGGAGUACAACUGCCACCAGCAUAGGUAACACCGUCACCACUUCAUCAACUUUGCCACCGCCAUCCUCAUCAUCAUCUAUUGGGACAUUUUCAACGCCGGCAUCCACCUCGACAACAGGUACCAACACUCACAUAACACAUAGCUCUAUGGCCACUACAAACGUCUCAAACCUUUCCAAGAAGCGUGUUGCUUCCAACGUCAAUGGCGGCGGACCCAGUGAUGCCGUUGCAGCACCGAAAAAGCCUCGUUCCAAUGUCAAUACAUCACAACAAGAUAAUCACCACGUCAUAUCAGUUGGUGGAGCCAAAAGACUGAAAGCUGCUGCAAUGGAAGAGUCUCAAACCAAAAUCACCGGCUACUUCAAGUCCCAAAUGAAGGCACAAAUGCACGCGGCCAAUAGUAAAAAUGCACAAAAUCUACAAUCUAUAUCCAAUACUAGUGUUAUGAUGACAACAACAGCAACAAGUGCAAAUCACCAAAAUAGCACAAUGACCACAAAUGCAUUGGCGAUGAGUGCACCGGCCACAACGGCUUCCCUUAACAAAUAUUUUAACAUACUGGCCCAACUGAAGGAGAACAAUAAUAAGGCACUCAGCAAUAGCGCGACGAAUGCUGCCCAUACUGCUGCGGUUAGUACAGCACAACCAAGUACCAGCACAGCAACACCAACACCUCCACUCCAAGCCUGCUCUACACAAACCACAACCAUUUCUGUAACAGCUCCUCCACCUCCCAUGGCGCCAACGAUAUCAACUAGUUUUAGCAAUACAGCCGUUACCAUAACCACCACUAAGCCACAAAAUAUUUCGGUUGCACCCAUGCCAAUGCCGGCCCUUAAGAAAAUCGAGCGACCAAAACCUACGAAAAUUGCUCAAGUUGCACCAAAUCUGAGGAAAACGCCUUCGACCAAUUCGUAUGGCAACCUAACAACUGCCAGUGGCAAAUCGCCAGCAAAGAAACAUGUUGCUAUUGCACCGAGAACUCCCGAAAUGAAGCAACAACAACAGCAACAGCAGCAACUAAUGGCGGCCACUAAACAAGAGAAUUCCAAACAGUCUCCAGUGGUCAGUGGCGCGCAGACAGCCACGCAACAGUCCAACAACACUACAUCAUCCAACCAACAGCCAGCUGUGCUGUUAACCGCUAUAAGAUUACCGCCUGGACAGCAAAACAAUGCUCCAACCAACAACCAAGCAAAACAAACAGUGGUCACAAAUAAAAUCAACACCAGUACUGCCCAAGCGGCCGUUAAUGCUGCUCCAAGUGUUUCGGUUACCGCAUCAUCGAGCUCAACUCCGGCACCAACCACUGCCACGGCUGCACCUGCCCCAACAUUGUACCAAUUGCCAGCUGUUCAGCUGCCCAAUCUGGUGCAACUGCCACAACUUUUGGCAGCCAAUGGGGCCAAUAUUAUGCAACUGAAUAAUUUGGCCACAGCAGCAGCGGUUGCCAAGAAUGUAGCAACAACAGCUGCCCCAACAGCUCCCGCUGCUGCCUCAGCCACAUCGGCUCAGGCCGCACAAGCAGCAGCUCAAUAUUUCCUCAACGGCACUGUUUUCAAGCUGCAACAAUUCACCACAGCCACAACAACAACAGCUACAGCGGCUUCAACGGGAAAUGUGAAUCCGUUCAAUUUGUUAAGUGCCAGCGAUCUACAGGAAUUGUUGAUCAAGCAGCAGCAACAACAACAGCAGUUACAACAACUACAGCAGCAACAGCAGCAGCAGAAAGCCACAAACACAGCCGCAGCGAGUUUUCAAGAGAUUUUCCAACAACAAAUAGCAGCAGCUAUAGCAGCCAAUCAACAGCAACAACAACAAGUUCAGCUGCAACAGUUGCAGAGGUUAGGAGCUGCUGCUAAUAUCCAACAGCAGCCAGUUUUUAUGGCCACCCCAGCAGGUCUACUUCUCAAUGCUGCCUCCCUACCGGCAAUGUUGGCACAAGCAGCCGCUGCUUUGGCUGUAAAUUCUCAGCAACAGCACCAGGCCCAUCAACAGCAAAAGACCAUAGCCUUGCCAGCUUUACAACCCAUACAACAGGCUCCAUUACCAGCUUUAAGUUCCAUAUUUGCUCCUCAACCAACCCAGCAGCAACAUCAGCAAAACGAACAACAACAACAUGAUAUGCAGCAGCAACAUUUGGCUGCUCAAUUGGCAUUGGCGCAGCAGCAACAGUUCAUCUCCGCGACCCAACCACCACCAUUGUCAUCAGUUACUUUGCCCACAGCCACCAAUUCAUCUAAUUUAACGCACAACAACAGCAAUAACUCAACGAACAACAACACUACCACCGUUAAUAUCUCGAAUAACAGCAUGUCCGCACAAGUAACGCCAGUCAGUGCAGCAUCCGGUGCCACACAACAACAAUCCACUACCACUGCCAAAUUGGCCAUUGUUAAGGCCAAUGCAUCACCGGUUGCUUUUACAACCCUCAGCUCACAACCGCCUCCGCUGGUUACCAUAUCGAAUGCCAAACCGCGCACACAUUCGCUUACCACUUCCAACUCUUCCACUGCCACUCAAAAGCCUUCAAUAAUGGCCAAACCCUACCAGAAGCGAUCUCCAAAGGCACAUGCCCAACAAUUAAAAUCCACGAUAGGAAAUACUACGAAGAAUUCCAGUACGGGAAAAAUAACAACUGCCAAUGGGAAAAUUAUUGCAACUCCAACGACACCACCCCCGUUGGUGCCCACAAUCACUCCCAGUGUCCAACAGCCAGUUGCUCUGACCACAUUACCAGCUCCGGGCUUGAGGGCUGCGACAGCUACAAAUUUAUCGAAGACUUCCCAAAUUCCAACACCGGCAUUAGUGAGUAUUGCGCCCACAAAUGUUACACCAAUUGCUCCGAAGCCGGUCCAAAGCAUAACAUGUGGCAGUGUAACUAUCAGUCCGGCCACUCCAUCUUCCACGUCAGGGAAAAAUCUUGUCAAUAUUGCACCAAAAAUUACAACCGCCGUGACAUCAACUGCCCAAACUUUGCUGGCGUCGUCGUGUUCCUCCCUGUCGUCGCCGGCGUCAUCAGCAUCAUCCUUUAAAUACAACAGCGCUAACAAUAAAACGAAUUCCAACUCAUAUCUGACGAGCACCGUCGCCAAUUGCAGCAGCAGCAACAACAACGUAGGAAAAUCAAAACCCCCAAUUAGCAAAACAACUGCAUCCGAUCUCUUUGAUUUGGUUAAGAACUCAAAUGGAGCAAUAAGCAUAACCCCAGCUGCGCCUGCCACCUCAACAAGUUGCACACAAAGCUUUAGCGCUCCUCUCAACUUCAGCACAACCACAGCAACUGCCAACACCUUUAAUACGUUCAAGUCCAUGUUGCCAUUGGAAAGCUUCAGGAAAAUUAAAGACGAGCCUAUGGAUGAUGUGCCACCAACGCAAACAAAUGCUACUUCCAAUAGUAAUGCCUCUUCAGUGACGGUGCCACCAUCGCCGGCGUCGGAAGAAAAACCUGUAAUCAAUGAGACACCCACAAGUUUUAGCGGACAAAUACCCACCUCGAAUAAUAUUCUGGUCAAGGAAGAGUUAAUGGCCAGUCCGACUUCAACCAAAGAGGAAGAGGAUGUUACAACGUCAUCUUCCUCCGAUAAGCCAAGCUCUCCACAACCGAGCAAUUUAAAUAAUGAAUGUUCCUCGUCAUCCUUUACAUCCAAUUCCAAUUCAAUAUCGUCUGCAGCUGAUCUCUCUUUAGAAGCUUCAACGCCAGCGUCGAUUACGAGCAGUUCGGAGGCUCAUUCGCCGGGAUGUUCGAUGUUGUCACCUCUCAAUAGCAGCAAUAACGAAUUUACCUCCACCAAUCCAUGUUCAAACUCAAAUUCGGCGGGUGAUUCCAAUUCCUGCGAAACAGGAGGCGGAGCUUCAUCAAGAGAUAUGUUGAGCGAAAUGGUCACAUCAACGUGUAUAUCAUCCAACUCUUCGGAGGCAAGUAUUAGUGUAGCCAUGCCGGACAAUGAGGAUGGUAAACAAGCAAGGGAUGGUUUAAAAACGCCCGACAAUUCUGAAGAUAAACAGCGUGAUUUGCCCACCCCAGAAUCAGGCAUUGGAGGCAGUCUGAGUAAUACGGAAAGCAUGGAUUCUUCAUCGAAAUCGGAAACGUCAUCUUCAUCGGAACAACCGGUACCCUCGCCGACAUCAACUGAGAGCCAAACGCCACCAGCUACACCAAUGAACAUUGAUUCCAGCAGUAACAGCAUGGAGGAAAGCCAAAACAAUACAUCUUCGUCACAAUUGACCCAACAAUCUGAGGAUUCUUCGGAAAAAUCAUCCUUUGAUUUUCUUAACAGUGCAACAAGCAACACGGCGACCAGCAACGCCAGUUCUGUCUUGGCGACCACAAUAGACACCAAGUUGGCUGAAAUCAGCUCUCCCGAAUUGCCAAAAUGUGCUCUAUCGCCGAUAUUGUCACAGCCGAAGACUAUUCGUUUCCCGGUCUUGGGCAAGAACAACAAACGUCAAGAUGGCAUAUGCUAUUGGGAUAAAUGCAAUAAGAAACAUGAUAGCAAUUCCAAGCUUUUGGAUCACAUGCAACAGCAGCAUGUCAAUUCACAGACAGGGCCGUUCUCUUGUCUCUGGGUUGGCUGCAAGGUGUACAAUAAGGAGUCAUGUUCACGUCGCUGGUUGGAAAGGCACGUGCUAUCACAUGGUGGUUCUAAGCAAUUCAAAUGUAUUGUUGAGGGUUGCGGUUUACGUUUUGGAUCUCAGCUGGCACUGCAAAAGCACAUCAAUAAUCACUUCACUGCCACCGAAAACAAGGAAAGUACAAACAAACGAACUUCUGAUCCUCCAGUACCAAAGCAAUUACGUAAAAAUGGCAAGAAACUACGUUACCGACGUCAACCGUUCUCUGCACGCAUGUUUGAUUUCUUUGAUGCUGGCAUUAUGGAAGGCCUACAACAUCGCCUUAGACAAAUUUCCACUUUAACCAAUGGCUGCAAUUCAAUUACCUUCCAAGGUCAAUGCAUAAUGAAACGUAAAGCAUCCAGUGGCAAAACAGAAUGCUACAUUCAGUGGUCUCCAAGGGAAAUAAUCUCCGAUGAAUGGCUGCCCGAAAGCCAGGAGGCCUAUUUAAAAACGGUGAACAUCAAACAAAUGAAACCUGCCGAAAAGAAUAAAGUUGAAAGUUUACUUAUGACUGCCUACAAACUGCCGUAUUCGCCUACAAUAUUUGAAAACGAUUAUGCCCUUAGUCAGCAGUAUCAACGUUUGAAAAACGACAAGGAUUCGUCUACCACCAACAAUAACAAUGGGGAUGAUGAUGACAACGACGCAGAAGGCGAUAAUGGAGACGAAGAGGAAGGUGAUGAAGAGGAUGAUGAUGAUGAUGAAGAGGACAAGGACGAUGAGGAUGCAACUACCACAACCGAAACCAUAUCCAGUUACCAGCAUGUUCUCUCGAUAACCAACAUUCAAAUGCAACAAAGACGUAAACAUCCCCGAAAACCACAAAAUCGUAUAAUUAUAACACGUUAGGUCGAAGACGCCAAAUGCUGCCCCUCUUCCCAAACAAAACCAAAAUAAGUAUAUUCUUCUCCCCUGGCAGACAAGCAGACAGACUCCCAGAUUCUUCAAAUACCAAGUGGUGCUGUAAAAAGAAGUAUUUCCUUUUUUAGUCGUUUUAUGUUAAUCUUAAUUUGUACAUAUUGCCCCUUACAUAUAUUUUGUAAAACAAUAUAUUAGCAUAGCCUAGUUAAGUUUAAAGACCCUCCCCCCCAAAAAAAAUAUUUUACAACUCUAAAGACAAACGAGCAACAGUGACAAGGUAUAAAAGGCUUUUUGCAUCGAAUAGCAAACAAGUCCGUUAAAUGAUAUAUUUGUAUGUAUAGUAUUUCCUUGUAUAGUUUAAUAGGUCUUAUGUGUGUGCAUAAAUCGAUAGGCAUAUAUCACUGCCAUAUGGAAUGAAAACAAACAAAAAGAAAGAAAGAAAUAUCUUUAUUCAGUAAAUACGAAAAAAUACUAAUAAUAAACACUAAACACUAGCUAGUAAUAGAAGUAAUAUAAUUUAUAUACAGCAACAACAACAUAGUUUAGCAAUACAUGGUAUAUGUAUAUAACAUUUACAUGCGAAAGAAAACAAAAAUACUAGCACUUAAAAUGAGUAAUCACAAAAACAUUACAAAAAAAAACAUCCUUUGUGUUUUUUAUCUAAAAUACUUCCACACGCAGUUUUUGCUUUGUACAAACUAAAUUAGGCCAACAGCGGGUAAAAUCUUUAUAACCCACCAUCCAAAUGAGCGUGUUUCUUUUUUAUUUCUUCUUUAAUUAUUCGAAUUCUAGAUGUUUGUAGCAAUUGUUUUAUUUUACAUACUGUUUUUCAUUUCUUUAAAUUAAUGAUAACCUGCCUAGAAACAAAACUCCAACCAUAAUAAGACUUGCUUAUAUUUUAUGUUAAAUAUAUAUAUUUUUUUAAUUUAGCCUAAUUAAAGUAAACAAGAAAAACAUAUUGUAUUAUUAAAAAAAAAACACACACACACACACAAAAGAAAAACAUUAAAAUUUUUAUAAAUUUUUUUUUGAAAAAGAAAAACAAAUUGAUUUUCAUUUAUUUGUUUUAUAAAUAAAUCGAGAACAUUAGUUAUUCAAACAUACAUUAUGAUUUAAAUUCAAAAACCAAAACUUGAUAAAUUCCACAUAACUUAAAUUCUAUCCUUUUUUGUUAUCAUUUGCUAUAUUAUUUAAAAAAAAAGAAAAAAAAAACGGCAAAAUAAUGCAAAGUUCUUGUUUUGGGAGAUUGCAGACAAGAUUUGAUGUUGAAAUAGAGAAAGGAAAAAGAGAGCUCAAAAAAUGAUGUCGUAUUUUUAGAGCGAUACAGAAUGAGUCCUAAAAUAGAGUCUUUAUCAUAAAGCCAACAACAUGAUGUUCCGUCUAAGAAUUCAACCCUUGACCAAAAAAACUGGACUGGAAAAAACAAAUUAUUGGAAAAAAACUCAAAACCUUUUUAUGUAGUACAGCCAUAGACAAAUAAAGGUAUAGACUAAAAAGUUGACUCAUCUGUUAUCUUCGAAAAAAAAGUGCUUCAAUAGAUGUCGUUCAUGCUGCGGGAUGGCUUAAGUCUAUUUAAUUAAUUCUCUCAAAACACAAAAUAUCGAAUAUUUUUAUGAUUUGUUAUUAUUUAUCAAUUCUAAACAAGGCAGUGAUUUAUAUUUCCAUUACCCAAUUAUGUAGUGAAAUACAAAAAUAUACAAUUUAAAUAGCAGAAAAAUUAAUAAAUUGUGUUUCGAAGUCGAGUGACGACUUCACUAGCCCUGAGUGGCUGUACUGUCCCAACCAUAGUUACAUCUGCCGGAAGGGUAAAUUAUAAAUCUUUUAAGUCUUUACCUUUAUUUGUCUAUUGUUUAGUUUUCUAUUUAAUGGUCAAUACUUACUUUUUAGCGCUUAAAAUGACAGAUAAGUGAUCCCAACUUUCUCCGUUGGUUGUUAUUGGCGUUAUCACGAAGCCAAUUUGAAAGAAAACUUUCACAAACAAUUUCAAGAAACGUCAAACCGCUAAUGCGUUUAGAAGUUUAACCAGCCGUAAAGGAGCUUCUCAUUGAUUUCUUUUUUUUACUUUUUCAAAGAAUACAAAUGUGCCCGUAUUUAAAAUAGUUUUAUAACUAAACGAUUUUUUCAAUACUUGGGUGUCAAUUCUUGUUCUAUAAAAAUGUGAAAUGAAAAAAUUUAUAAAGGAAACAUUUGUCAUUUCAUAUUUUCAUAGAACAAGAAUCCAGCCCCUAAUCCUGAUUAUAACAUCAUUCGCAAGCAAUUUUCUUCACAGGAACUAUAAAAACUUAAUGCAACACUUCAUUUUAUUUUAGAAUACAACAGCAGUUACCCCCUCUUGAUCUCUUUCAUAGAGAAAUUAUAUCAUUUUUUUUUUUUGUUUAGAAAAUAUAUGUAAAUGUAAAAUAUAAAUAAAAUUUAUAGUUUUAAUUGGUAUAAUUAAUUAUUAUAAACUCCAAUGUAAAUAAAAAAAAACACAGAAAUUCUGCCACAACAAUGCAAAUAUUUAAAAAUAUUAUAAGAGAAUAUUCGAUUUUAAGUUAAUUAUCAGAUCUGCAAAAAAGGUUUUAAAUGAAAAAUAAAUAUUUUUAUUAUUCUUAAAAGCUUUUCAAUCGCUAGUUUGCCUGACAAUGUUAGUCAAAUGGUUCUGUUUCAAUACAAGAAUCGGAUUUUUUUUUACAUUUUAAUUUAGUUUUAAAUUUAUUGUAACAAAGAGGACAACAAAUAAAAUACAUAUUUUUUAAUGAGAUAA